AUGUUCCAGAUUCGUGAUGCGGGGUCAGGCCUGAGGGACGCCGAGUUCAUCACGGCAGCUUUCGACUCUACCCUACCAUUCCUCAACGAGACUGGCAACACAGGCCAAUGGGGCACAGUUCCUUUCUCAAAGAGAGAUGGCUUCUUACAAGGCACCCGGGAAGAUAUCAAGCAGUCAGAAACCUUCCGACUUAUCGGCCAAGGCGAGCGGCGAAGAAUCUUUAUCGCAGAGAUUGAGGAAACACAUUUUGGCGAUGAUGCCGUAAACCUUCACCGCCGGAAAGAUCAUGAAACGGGUAGAACUUUCGUCUCAGUGGGCGCUGCAAUGAUUCUCGACGAUGAAUUUGCAAACCAUACUCGCUCCGUCACUGUUUUAAAGCCUCAUAUAGCCGCUGCUGAGGAACGUGCUGGCUUUGUGUUUCUGGACUUCCUUAUCACUGAUCAUCGCGUACCUUCAGCUCAGCGCAAAGGUGCUGGGCUGGCAUUACUGGAGCAUGUAAAAACCUACGCGUCUGAAUACGGGAAACGAGCCAUUUUCCUCGAUUGCUGGACCGGAGGUACAGACAAACUGGUCAGGUACUACGAAAGCGCUGGCUUCAGUCCAGUACAAGACUUUGAGUACAAGAAGAAGAACGGGGAUGUAUGGCCUGGCAGACUAUUUCGACUUGAUUUAGCUCCUAUACUACCUUGA